UUAGCGUUGCCAGACCUAAACUAGCUCGAACCAGCAUGUGUUUUGUACAAACGUAAACAACGAGGUGAUUUUUGUACAAAUUUAAGACAGAAAUGGCUCGUCCCAAGAAGAAGAAAGUGGAAGUUGUGUUUGAUCCACAGAAGCGCAAGGAGUUUUUAACUGGGUUCCGGAAGCGAAAAAAUGAACGACGCUCACGCGCCAAGGCAGAUUUGGAUCGCAAUCUUAAAGAAGAGCACAAACGCAUACGACAAGAGGUGAAGGAAGGCUUCAAGCAUCUGAAGAAAUCCUUCGAACCGCUGCGGGAGCUUACGGAUGAAGACAAAGUGGAAGGAACGCAAAAGGAGGCCUAUGAAGAUGACGAGGUGCAAGUUAAGAUCGUGGAGUUGACCACCAAUGAUUUGGCUGCCCAACGCAACAUGCUUGGUGCCAACAUAGCCGAAGACAGCGAAGAGGAAGAGGAGACGCAGGAUAACAACGAAGACGACGAAAAUCAAACUGAUCGUAUACCUGGCAUGGAUUUCGACAUAAAUGCAUCUCGCAAGCGCAAAGCGGACACAGAAGAUGGGGCAACAAGCUCCAAGACAGCCAAAGGGACUGCAAUAAAUACAGAAAUUAAAAGCAAAAAGGAUCUAGACAAGCUAAUGAAGACGAAAACGCUGAAGAAAAUCAAGAAGAGCAAACUAUUUAAGAUGAAAGAACGCAUCGACAAUAAGAACAACCAGAAAAAGGCAAAACGGGAUCGAAACAAUACCAUCAAGAGUGUGCCCAAGCAUCAGCGCAAGAAACUGAAGCACGGCAAGAAUCCUGGAGGACAGACCCGCUAUCACAAAGGACGCAUGAUGAACAAGAAGGAGAGGCAACGCAAGCGGGGCGGAGGCGAUUAGCGAUUGCCAAGCUACAACAACAACAGCAUCUAAUUCAGCAUAUUCAUUGUAUUGUUUAGUUUUCUUGUACGGUUUAUUUACUAUUACACUAAUCGAUCGAAAUAAACUGUAUAUAAUAAUUUUGCUAA